UAAAUUUAUCAAUAAUGAAUCAAGCUUGACCGAACAAUAUAUGAUGGCAGAUGCUAUUCGAUCUAAACUAGAUAAAUAUUGGUCUAUGCUCAAAGAAUCAACUACAAUUGCUAUAAUUCUUGAUCCAUCAUCCAAGCUUAUAACCUUUCCUUUUGACAAUAAAGAUAUUACUUUUACUAGCCUACGAAAUAUAAAAAUCACUAUAAAUUACAAGCUUCACAAACAACUAUGA